AUGGCGGCUGGCGCUACUUCCGACCCCGUGGACGCCAUUACCAAGGACCUGGGCGACAUAUCUAUUCAAUCGACACCGCGAUUAGGCUACAUCUCAUGGGACACAGUUGUCAGCAUAGGGCCAGCCGACCCUCCCGCGCACGCUGCACCACCCGCUACAGAAGCCCUCCCUGCGGCCCCGGACCAAAGCGCGUACUCUUCCGUUGGCGGUCUAGGUAAACAGAUCGCAGAAAUCCGCGAUCUGCUCGAGAUCCCGCUCACGCGCCCGGAUCUCUUCCGCAACUUCGGCCUCAAGUCACCGCGCGGUCUCUUGUUGCAUGGUCCGCCCGGUACGGGGAAGACGCACCUUGCGCGCGCGAUCGCUGCGGCUGCGCGUGCUGCCGUCGUCGUGGUCAAUGGUCCGGAGCUCUCGUCCGCGUAUCAUGGCGAGACCGAAGGUCGACUGCGGGCUGUUUUCGAGGACGCCGCCGCUCGCUCGCCGUGCAUCGUCGUGCUGGACGAGGUCGAUGCGCUAGUACCAAGGCGCGAAGACGGAGGGGGAGAAGUGGAGGCUCGCGUGGUGGCGACUUUGCUUACGCUCUUGGACGGCGUGCAGGCCGACGAUGCCGGUCAGGUCAUCGUUGUGGCUACCACGAACCGUCCAAAUGCGAUCGACCCUGCACUUCGUCGCCCAGGGCGCUUUGAUAGAGAGAUUGAGAUAGGUGUCCCCGACGUUGAUGCUCGUGCUGACAUCCUCCGCAUUCUCCUUUCCAAGACGCCAAACCAGAUACGACCAGGAGACAUUCAAGCCCUCGCUGCCCGCGCACACGGCUACGUCGGCGCUGACCUCUCCUCCGUCGUCCGCGAAGCCGGCACAGCCGCGAUCAAGCGCUACCUCUCCGCGGCCUCCCCCUCCGGCUCCGAGCCCCAAAUCACCCUCGAUGACCUCGACCAUGCCCUCCUCUCCGUCCGACCUUCCGCGAUGCGCUCGCUCUUCGUCGAGGCUCCUCGCGUGCGGUACGCGGAUGUUGGAGGGCAGGACGCCGUGAUCGAGCGUCUGCGUGAGGCAGUCGAGUGGCCCUUGAAGCACCCCGAUGCGUUCAGGAGGUUGGGCGUGAAGCCGCCGAAAGGUGUGCUGCUGUAUGGGCCGCCGGGCUGUAGUAAGACAGUACUAGCUCGCGCCUGUGCUUGCGAGAGCGGCGUGAACUUCGUUGCAGUGAAAGGUCCUGAGCUUCUCAACAAAUAUGUCGGCGAGUCCGAGCGGGCUGUGAGGGAGAUAUUCCGGAGGGCCCGUGCUGCAGCCCCCGCCAUCAUCUUCUUCGAUGAGAUCGACGCUCUCGCAACAUCAAGAGACGCAGACGCGCGUGCCCACGAAGGCGUCCUUACGAGUUUACUGAACGAGAUGGACGGCGUACAAGAACUGCUCGGUGUCACGAUAAUCGGCGCUACAAAUCGUCCGGAAGUGCUUGACUCUGCCCUUAUGCGACCUGGACGCCUUGAUCGCCUUCUCUACAUUGGUCCGCCCGAUCAAGAGGGCCGCCAGGCUGUCCUCAGAAUCAAGACGGCAGGCAUGCAGACCGCUCCUGACCUCAACGUUGGAGAGAUCGCACGCUUGACCGACGGUUGCUCUGGCGCGGAAAUUGCAUCCCUUUGCCAGGAGGCGGCGCUGCUGACAAUGAAGAGGGACCUGAACGCAGAAUAUGUCCCGCACGAAGCAUUUGUCCAGGCGGCCAUGAAGACGAAACGUCAGAUCACACCUGAAGUGAUUCAAAAAUUCGUCCGCUGGCGCGAGACCAGUGGCGUGAAGGACUCGUAG